AUGACUUCCAAGCCAACGAUGAUGUUCUACCAUGACGGGCGGCACCCGCUCAUCUACAUGUACGAGCCACCGAUGCAGGUGGAAGAGUACCAGCAGGCCGUCGACGAGUUGAUCGGGACUCCCAUUCAGGCGAUCAACUUCUGCAUGGGCGACGGUCGCACUGUCCUCCACGACACGAAGGUCGGCGAGCUGUGGGGCGACAACCAGGACCGCUGGGCGCACACCAUCUUCCGGCGGGCGCACCAGAACGCCAAGCACCUAAUCGAAACGGGCAACGACCCCCUGAAAAUAGUAGCCGACCGCGCCCACGAGAAGGGCUUCGCGUUCAACCCCGUGCUGCUGGUGCAGCAGGGCAGCGGAGACCCUGAAAACGACACUCGCGGCUCCACGUUCCGGUUUACGCACAAGCACCUCGAUAUCGGCGCUGCCGGGGACGUGCCGGAGAGUUUCAAGGGGUUCCAAAACGCCGACUUCAAGCACGACGAGAUUCGGGACGAGCGGUUCGCCCUCAUCGAAGAGACCCUGCAGAACUACGACUGCGACGGAUUCGAGCUUCAGAUGAACUACCAGCCCACCUACUUCCACCCGAACGAGGUAGAGGCGGGCAUCCCCAUCAUGACCGACUGGAUUCGACGGGUCUCCGAGGCCGUCAAGGCGAGCGGCGCCGACAGGGAGCUGAUCGUGCGCAUACCGGCCAGCGUCAAGGGCUGUCUCUCGAUCGGCAUGGACGUCAUAGACUGGAUUGAGCAGGGCCUCGUAGACGUGAUAAUCGCGCAGGACUUCUCCGGCCCGGAGCUGCUGUCGGGCAUGUCCAACUUCCGCGAGCUGAGCAACGCCGAUACCGACCGCGUCGGGCAGGGCACGAUCGAGAUGAUCCGCGCCGUCGCGACCAACUACUGGAUGCAGGGCGUCGACGGGCUGUACCUCGCCCACUGGUUCGGCAACUGGCCCUACAAGGCCGACUUCUACGAAAAGCUCAGGGAGAUCCCCUACCCGGAGGUCAUGGAUACGAAGGACAAGAUCUACUCGCUGCCGACGAUCUCCGAGCGCUACCAGAACCCGGACACGGAGCCGGGCCUGUCGAUGCAGCUCACUCGCGACCUGCACGAGGGCGAGACCGAGCAGUUCACUCUCAUCAUCUCCGACGACCUGCCCAAAUGGGACGCGGUUGGCCGUAUCCACAAGGUGCUGCUCCGCAUCCGCAUCAUGGGGAUGACCGAGCUCGACGAGAUCAGCUUCAAACUGAACGGCAAGUCGCUGCCCGACUCCUCCCUCCGCAAGAUCAACGCCCUCUACCGCAUGAGCGCCCCGAGGUACCGCGUCGGCUCAGGCUACUGGUUCAUCUACGACCUUGAUGAGGAAGACUGGCCGGUCCGCGGCGACAACACCCUCGAAAUCACCCACGACGUGGUCGACAAGGUCCCACUGGAGCAGACCCUCGUCCGAGACGUCGAGCUUGACGUGCGCUACCUGAUGGGCAAGAACUACCACCGCAGCCUCGUCGACGACGAGCUCGGCCCACACGAGAUAACUUCGGAGUAA